UCAUAGAAUAGUUGCUCUAGCAAUAGCUAGAAUUUCGCAUUGAUUCUUUGAUUUCACACAGUUUUAAAUAGUUUAAAUAGUUAUCCAAAAUUAAGCAAAAAGCGUUGACAACCCCACACACUCCCCGCACAGGGCGUAAAGAUCAUGGACGAUCCACACUUCCAUUAUGACAAUGAUGGCUCAAUGUUUUACUUUGUGUGGCUGGCCGCCUGGACCAUCGCAAUGAUACCCUUGUCCUACUUGGGCUGGCCUAAAGCCAUCGAUGCCGGAUCACAAUACAUCACAAACAGAAUCAGAUGCCUUUGUGGGGAGUGCAUCAAGAAGAACCAGCGUCUGUCCAAGGUGCAUCCGUUGCGGCCCAUUCUGUUGUGGCUCUUUCGCGUAGGCCUCGUUGCGGCAUGGAUCCUGCUGGCCUCCCUGGCCGUGUGCGCGCCGUCCAAGGAGCAGCACCUCGAGGUGCCCGCGGUGGGGGACAUCUUUAAUCCAUUCCACAUACUAAAGGUGCAACCAGAGGCAACGUUGCAGGAGAUCCGUCAGUCGUACCACCAGCUCGUGCUGGUUCUACAUCCCGACAAAGUGACCGGCGACCAGGCGGCAUUCAUUCGGCUGACCAAAGCCUACACGGAGCUCACCACCGGCGAUGGGCUGAACAAUUACCAGCAGAAUGGGCAACCAGAUGGCCCAGAGGUGGUCACCCUUGGUAUCGCCCUGCCCGCAUGGCUGGUGUCUGCGCAGUACGGUCUGUGGGUGCUGUGCCUCUACGCUGUGCUCAUCACCGUGCCCCUGCCCCUGGUGGUGUCGUAUUGGUGGCGGGGCGCCAUGCGCUACUCGGGCCAGGUGCUGAGGGCCACCAUCGAGCAACAGUUUCUGAUCCUACACCAAAAUAAGCCACUGGGGGUGAGGCGUGCCCUGAUGCUGCUGUCGGCCAGCUUUGAAUUCAAUCGCCGAUACAAUGCGGCGAUGGUGAUGCGCGAAUCGGACAACCUGGAGCUGCGUGCCCUGUUGCGACACCUCAGUAGACUCGAUGUCAGGACCAAGGAGCAACCCUUCUGCCUGAAGUACGCGAUCAAGGCCAGGACCAUUCUGCAUGCGCAUCUGACGCGUCUGAGCCUGAAGCCGGCGACGCUGGAACGCGACCGCCAGCUGAUUGUGCGCCUGUGUCCGCAGCUCAUCGAGGGCCUGCUCCAGUCCCUGAGUCAAAUGGCGCAGCUGGCAUAUUGCGGCCAUUUCGGUUUCCAGCCGAACGCCGAGGCCUUUGAGAAUGUGAUGAAGCUGCUGCCGAUGCUCGUCCAGGCGGUGUGGGAGGACAAGUCGCCGCUAAUGCAGCUGCCGCAUAUCAACGAUCCGCUUGUCCAUGCGCUGGUCCGGCAGCGCAAGGACUUGGCCAUCGCCAGCAACAGUAUGGAGCGUUUCGCCAGGCUGUCGCCACGCGAUCGUCGCACGCUGCUGCGCACCCUCAAUGACGCUGAGUAUGCGAAUGCCAUGCGGGUGCUCGGCCACAUGCCCCUGAUCGAGAUGUCCGUCCACUGUGAGGUGCUGGACGAUUGGGAGGGCCGUGUGGUGACCGCUGGAUCCAUUGUCACCGCCACCAUUACCAUCAGACGCCUGCAUAUGGGGACGUUGCUCGACACUGGCGUUGAAGCCGCAGCCGAGGAUGUUGCCGCCGCCGGCAGUGCAGAGACGGCGCCCGGGGAUAGGCCGGGCGCAGCGUGGCUCCGCCACAGUCGACGUGGCGGCAGGGCCAAGAGGAAGAAGCAUACAAAGGCCGGCACACAAUCGAAUGCCACCGGCGAUGGCUGCCAGGAUCGCGCCGACGAGCCGGACAACGCUGAUGACGAGGAAUGGGAGCGCCUCCAGGCGGCGCAUAAGCAGAAGCCGCCCGUCCUAUUCCCCUCCAAGGUAUCGCACGAGGUGCACUGUCCGCUGUUUCCCGACCGGAAGCAGGAGUACUGGUGGCUCUACAUCUGUGACCGACGCAAGCACUCCAUCAUCACGGGCCUCUGUCACAUCACGGAUCUGGUCGACUCCAAGGAGAUCAAGCUGCAGUUCAUGGCGCCCGCGCUGCCGGGCGCCUACACCUUUGCGGUUUGCCUGCGCUCCGACUCGUAUUUGGGUGUCGAUCAUCAGCAGGAACUGAAGCUGCAAGUGGAGGAGCCGGCGCCCGUGCAGCUCGAUCAUCCCCAGUAUCGUGAUUUGAACGAAGGCGACGGCGUCGGCGAGUCGGAGAAUAAAACUGUGACGGAAAAGCCAACAGAGGAUAACGAGUCAGACGACGCUUGGGUCUCCUACACCGAUAAGAGCGACGAUCGGGAUGAGGAGGAUGAGUAGGAGCAGCAGCAGCAGGACGCCCCUGUGGAGACAGCGACCCAGUCUGGCAGUGGCCCUGGCCC